AUGGCGGAAGAGGAUCAGUCGGUGGCAUUGGAUGAGGAGAUUUCUGCCGUGCGUGAAGAAAGUAGGUCUAUUCUCGGUUUUAUUCGUCCUGUUGAGCCAGCUAACAGUGACAUAGUUCAAAAGCUCACGGCGCGAAGACAAGUCCUUUCAGCCAGUCUACUAUCCAGUAGCACGAUUAGAAACAGUCUUGAGUCGCAUCUCUUGAGCCAGGUUGAUUCAGAUAUGCCCCCCGCCAUUGUCGAGUCCGGGAGACACGCUGAAACAAACCACCAUCGCAUCGUCUUUUCGGCUACUUCAUUUCCGUUCAAGGACCCAUCGCCUCAUACAGACUCGCCUGAUCUGCUUGGUGUUCGAAUUGAUGUUAAUGUUCGUGAUGGGACCUUUGUGAAGCCGUAUUAUCUACUUCUCAGACGCACAGGAGGCGAUCAUAAAUCACUGCAAAUACAUCGGCAUACCAUACCGGUUUUCAUACCGCUGAAGCAUCUGGAACAAAAAUAUCUCCCGAACCAGGCAUCUGAAGAUGGGUCUGGUGGAGGAUUAAAGCCAUGGAAGCAAAGGAAGCAGAAUCUCAAAGGUUUGGUGCGGGGACUGCGCCGUGAGCUUGUCGCAUGGCACCUUCGACGAGAUGUCAUAACUGUUCUACAGGAACAGCUGGGCAUUUCUAACCUAAACUCUACCGAUAUACCCGCAAGUACAACUGCAUAUAAACUCGGAAUACUGUCUGUCACCGCUGCAUCAGUUGAAGCUAGGUAUAUACGCUUCCAGUGGCAAGAUGGACGCAUUGGCAGAGUCAAGGUUUGCAAUCGAGGGCUUGUCGAAAGGGUUAUUAUUAUAGGCGAUAACGGUCGUGACAAAAUAACCGAAACUAUAAUCGCUGGAGGUGAUACCCGUGCUGAGGGCAUAAUUCAACGGCUCCUUGAUAGCGAAACGUGA